CGCCCGGGCGUGUCCGGAAGUGCUCGUCCCGCGCUUCCGGCGGCGCCACUUCCGGCGCGUGCGGGGAUGCUGCUGGCGGCGCGCGGCGGGGCCCGGCGGCUGCUGAGGGACGCGGGGCGGGGGCGAUCCUCACCGGUGUCGCUACCGGCACCGCCCACACGCGGCCGCCUGCCCCCGCGGCUCUGCCUUCAGCAGCGACACCUGCUGCACCAGGCGCCGCCGCCCGCCGCGACACCGCCCGCCGUGGGGCGAUGGCUCCUGGUCUGCAGCGGCGCCGUGGCCGGUGCCGUGGUGCUGGGCGGCGUCACCAGGCUGACAGAAUCAGGCCUUUCUAUGGUCGACUGGCACCUGGUGAAGGAGAUGAAACCCCCCCRAACGCAGCAGGAGUGGGAAGCUGAGUUCCAGAAGUACCAGCAGUUCCCAGAGUUUAAAAUCCUGAACCAUGACAUGACGCUGGCAGAGUUCAAGUUCAUUUGGUACAUGGAGUACUCGCACCGCAUGUGGGGCCGUGUCGUGGGCCUGGCCUACAUCCUGCCUGCUGCCUACUUCUGGCGCCGGGGCUGGCUCAGCCGGCCCCUCAAGGGCCGUGUCCUCGCWCUCUGUGGGCUGGUCUGCUUCCAGGGACUGCUGGGAUGGUACAUGGUGAAGAGUGGGCUGGAAGAGAAGCCAGACUCGUAUGACAUCCCUCGGGUCAGUCAGUACCGCCUGGCAGCACACCUGGGCUCUGCACUGGUUCUGUACUCUGCCAGCCUGUGGACAGGGCUGUCUUUGCUGCUUCCACGACACAAGUUGCCAGAAACCCAUCAGCUCCUUCGCUUGAGACAAUAUGCUCAUGGCACUACAGCUCUCAUUUUUCUUACUGCUCUUUCAGGUGCCUUUGUGGCAGGGCUGGAUGCUGGCCUUGUGUACAAUUCCUUCCCCAAAAUGGGGGAGCGCUGGAUCCCAGAUGAUCUCCUUGCCUUCUCCCCUGUGCUGAGAAAUAUCUUUGAGAAUCCUACAACUGUACAGUUUGAUCACAGGAUCUUGGGAAUUGCCUCCUUCACAGCUGUCACAGCAUUGUACCUCUUCUCAAGAAAGAUSCCACUCCCUCGGAGGACCAGGAUGGCUGUGACUUCCUUACUGGCUGUGGCUUGCAUGCAGGUGGGCCUGGGCAUCAGCACGCUACUGCUUUAUGUCCCUACACCUCUGGCUGCUACGCACCAGUCGGGCUCCCUGGCCCUGCUYAGCAUGGCACUGUGGCUCAUGAGCGAGCUCCGGAGAGUGCCCAAGUAACGCACCGCGGCAGAGCCCUCUCGGGGAGCCGCACCGCCGGGCCCGGGGGCGGCCGAGGGSCCUCACCCGGCUGCGCAAGGCGAUGUGUGCCCAGCCGGGCUGGCGCGGGAGGCGGCGGCGGCGGGUGGUGAUCAUCACGAUGCUAGUCACCACCGCCGUGUGCUGUUACCUCUUCUGGCUCAUUGCCAUC